AUGUUUGACGCAUAUUGGGUUCAGGAGGCUAAAGUGGAAUUCGAAUUCGGCGCAAACGCUAGCAAAGAGGAUAUCAUCAGCAAGUUGUUGGAUAUUGAGCAUACUGGUGGUGAAACAUCGGCAGUUUCUGGUAUAUCAAUGGCCACAAAGCUAGCUCAUUCAACUCGAAGACCUAGCGCCAACCUAAUGAUUGUACUCAUAUCGGAUGGCAACAGUCAGGAUCAAUGGAAAAAUGUUGUUGCACAAUCAAAUGCUCUCCGUUCACUUCCGAAUACAGCCGUGUAUGCUGUAACAUUCUCGAAAAAUUACUCGUUUGAUGAGCUGCGGCAAUUCGCCGGAGACAAAUGGCGAGUAUUCGUGGAUGCUCGUGCACGGAAAUUCAUCAACGAUGCUGCUAAUGAGCUGAGUGGCUGUCCAGGAGAGAAGAAACAAGUUGCACAAGAGUCACCUAAAAAAGUGAACGAAAGCAAAGCUGAUGCAUGCAAAGAUGUAAUCGAUCUUGUGCUGGUGUUGGAUAAAUCCUCAUCGGUGGUUGAAAAUUUUGAUGCAGCCAAGAAAUUUGCUGAAGAUUUGGUAAAGAGUGCUUCGGUAGAGGAUUACGCAAAGAGAAUACGAGUUGCUUUCGUGACGUUUGAUAAGAAAUCACAGCUUGAGUUUGGGUUGGAUAAAUUCAGCAAUCGUGAUGAUAUCAGCUUUGCGUUGGAGCGGGCUGAGAGCACUGCUGGUGAAACUUCUACUGUUUCAGGUUGGGCACUAUAA